UAUGCUAAAAAUGUAUUCCUUAUUUACCUGAAAUUCAAAUUUAAUUGGUGUCAUAUACUUUUAUUUGGUAAAUCUGGUAACCCUACUCAGGGCAUGGGUUUGGGGUGGAGGGCAUAGAGCCAGGUGGGAAGUGCCCCAAGCCUAGCCAGAUCUUGUGGGAUGAUCCUCCCAGGUGGGCAAGGACCAACAGGCCACUCAGUGUGGACCCCAGGGACUAAGUCACAGUUCUUGAUUUGAGACAAGUAAGGGCCAGUGUCCUCCAUCCUCCACACACACAGUUGAGCACUUACGGUGUGCUGGGCACUGGUGAUAUGGAGGGGGGGCUCAUGAUCUAGACGAAGAAACAAGGCCAAGUUGUCAUUACAUGAAUGGAUUCAAUAAGCUACUCUGCAAAGUGUUGGAAUUUUUUUUUCUGUAGUGGCUUAAACGAGAUGAAGAUUUGUUUCUCUCUCCUAUAGAGGGGAACAGUGGCAGGCAGCCUGAUAAAAGUCAGACAACCCAACCCCUUCCAUAUCAUGGUUCUAACAUGCGUGGCUUCUGUGCCUGAGGUCACCUCAUGACUCAGAAUGGCUGCUGAAGCUCCAGUCAUCGGAUCCACAUUCCAGGCACCAAGAUAGAUGUGUUUUACACACAGUCAAGUGCACACAUAUUAGGGAACAGCUUAAAGAACUUUAACACUUGUGUAAUCACCUCCUAGAUCAGGAUACAGAAUACUUCUAUCACCCCAGAAAGUUCCCUUGUGCUGGGUGAGGUUUUUAAAAGAUUUUGAAAAUCUCCCCCAGUAAGGGGCACAAGGAAACUUUCAGGUACAGUUGAUCUGUUCUUUAUCUGGGUCACAGUGAUGGUGUCAUGGGUGUGUACAUGUAUCAAACUCAUUCAUUUCUAUGCUUUAUACAUUUAAGGUGUGUUGUACAUUGUUUAUAAAUUAAGCCGGAAUCCUUUAACUCCCCCGCCCCCCACCAACCCCCAUGUGGAUAAAAACAGGCAAUGGAGGGUUAAGGGUGAAUGGAAUUGGAGCAUGUCUUCUGGGGCAACUUUGGGGUGCGGAUAGGAAUCCGUAAGUGGCUUUUCUGCCUGUUCUGCCCCCACCUCCGGCAGGCUGGGGGGGACCUGAUUCAGCCACGUUACCAUCUUCUUGUCCCUGCAGGCCAGGUAGACACCUUGCUGAGGAACUUCCUGCCCUGCUACCGCGGGCAGCUGGCAGCCUCGGUCCUGUGGCAGAUCUCCCGAGAGCUGGGCCCCCAGGAACCAGCCGGAUGCCAGCUGCUGCACAGCAAAAAGCUGCCCCAAGUCCGGGAGCACCGAGGGCCCCUGACCCAGCUGCAGGGCCACCCACCUCAGUGGCAGCCAAUCUUCUGUGUCCUGCGUGGGGACGGCCGCCUGGAGUGGUUCAGUCACAGGGAGGAAUAUGAAAAUGGGGACCGUCCCCUGGGCUCCACAGUCCUGACAGGGUACACAGUCCUGACUUCCCAGAGUGAAUAUCUCCACCUGUUGGACACUCUCUGCCCAGAAUCCUCAGGACACCAUACACAGGAAGAGCCUGACCCCCUCUUGGAAAUGCCUGUUAGUUUCCCCCUGUUCCUGCAGCACCCCUUCCGCCGGCACCUCUGUUUCUCUGCAGCCACGGUGGAGGCGCAGCGUGCCUGGAGGCUAGCCCUGCAGGGCGGCAUCCGGCUUCGAGGCACAGUCCUGCAGCGAAGUCAAGCCCCAGCCGCCCGUGCUUUCCUGGACGCCAUACGGCUCUACCGGCAGCAGCAAGGCCACUUUGGCAAAGACGACGUGACCCUAGGCUCGGACGCCGAGGUGCUGACUGCGGUACUGAUGCGGGAGCUGCUGCCUGCGCUGCGAGCCCAGACCCUGCCCGGCCUGCGGGGGGCCGGCCGCGCCCGGGCCUGGGCCUGGGCCAAGCUACUGGACGCCGUCCACGCUGCAGUCCUGGCCGGGGCCUCCGCUGGGCUCCGCGCCUUCCAGCCCGAAAAGGAGGAGUUGCUCGCCGCCCUGGAGAAGACUAUCCGCCCAGACGUAGAUCAGAUGCUGAAGUUGCGGGAGCGCGUGUUAGGGAGGCUGCAGGCCAACGUCCAGGGUCCCCUCGAGUCGUGCCUGCGCAGGAAGGUGGAUGCGCAGCUGCCCCGGGUCACGCAGACGCUGCUGAGCACCGUGGAAGCCGAACUCGCAGCGGUGCAGACCCUCCUAACCCAGGGCAUGGACCGCCUGUCCAGCCACCUGCGUGGGAGCCCCUCCAGCACCCGGCUGCGGAAGGAGGUUUACUCAUUUGGGGAGAUGCCAUGGGACCCAGAGCUGAUGCAGACCUGCUACCGAGAGGCGGAGCGGAGCCGGGGGCGCCUGGGGCAGCUGGCAGCACCAUUUGGCUUCUUUGGAACACAGAGCCUGGUGUUUGGGGCCCAGGAUCUCGCACAGCAGCUCAUGGCUGACGCCGUGGCCACCUUCCUGCAGCUGGCCGACCAGUGUCUGACCACGGCUCUGGACUGUGACCAGGCUGCCCAGCAGCUGGAGAAAGUCAGGGGGCGCGUGCUGAAGAAAUUCCAGUCGGAUAGUGGCUCAGCGCGGAGGAGGUUCAUCCAUGGCUGGCUGCUCUGCAUCUUCUUGCCCUUUGUGUUGAGCCAGCUGGAGCUGAGCUGCAAAGCGGAGCUGCCUGAGUUUGAAGGGGACGUCCUUGCUGUGGGCAGCCCUGCUCUGACCAUUGAGGGUAUUUAUGAGGAUGUCAUCCGGGGGGUCCUGCUGCAGAGGAUCAAUCGAGGCAGACUCUCAACCACUGCGCCACCAGGGAAGUCCCUAUCUCUUAUUUUAGAAUUGAAAAAUGCCCUUGGUGCCAGCAACAUGUCCUGCACUCUGGAUGGCUGCUCGGAGCUUCCAUGGGACCAGGCAGAAACAGAUGUGGAAACUGAGGCUCAGAGAGGCACUUGCUCCAGGCAACCAGGCUCCAGCACCGAGGUCUAGCCACUCUGCCCACUGCCUCCUACAGGGACAUUCCAGAGCUGAAGCUUGGCCCACAUUCAUCGUCAUUCUCAAUGGAUAAAUGUCUACUAGUGGAAUUUCUGAGUCAAAGCAUAUGUACCAGUUCAAGGCUUGUAUAAUCCCCACACCUCUGCCUUACUCCUCUCCAGAAAGGCUAUGCCUUUUAACACUCUCACCAGCAGCAUUUGUACAUAUUCUCUUUUCCAAACACUAGGACUUUUCACAAAAGGAAAAACUGCCAGUUUGAUAGACACAUACACAGAGUGCAUUGUUUUAUUUUAAAUUUCUUUGAUGACUACAUUGAACCUAAAAAUAUGUUUAUUGACCAUUAAUAUGUUUGUGUGUUUCUUAUUUAUUUAUUUUUGGCUGUGUCGGGUCUUAGUUGUGCCAU